AACUAAUAGUUUUCUAUAAAUUCUCUCUCCUGACUUUUGUCUCUUUUCCAUGUUUUCUUAUUUUCCAUUUCAUCCAAAAUUUUCCCAAUGGCUUCUUCAAAUUAUUAUGAAAAGAACACUGUCGUCCCCCGUGGCCAGAAAAUGUUGCUUACAGCGUCCCAUGCUUCUAUAACACAGAAGAUGAAGGCCUUGACGGUACAAGAUUUGAAGGCCAGCUCAAGCACUUUUACCAUGGAAACCAGGAAAAAUUAUCUGUCUUCUUCGUCUACCAAUAUGCUAUUUGCCAUUAAAAAUAGAGAAAUUGUCAGUAAGGAAGCCAUGGCCAAGAUGCAAAAACACCAACUUGGGUCUAAGAAGGGACAACACAUUGUCAUUAGAAAGGAAGUUGUAACCAAGGAGGUCAUGUAUCAAGUCAAAGAGGUUUCCUGCAAGGAGAAGAAGAGGAUGAGUAUCAAGAAUGACAAGGACAAGAAACAAAUCUACCACAAACCUCGGGGAAAAUGAUUUGCCAUUGUUGUUGGAUCGUAUGCUGUCCUUUUGAUUUUUUUUGGAGCUUCAGUUAGCCAGUUUAUGUAGUUUGCAACAUUGACCUGAUGAUCUUUAAGUUCUGUAAAAUAUGCAAAUAUGUAAUGCUAGUUAUGUAAUCUGUUUCAUCAAUUUGAAAUUGCAAAUCAAGUAAGAUAUGCUUUUA